AUGUUGUUUUAUUCAUUCUAUAAAACAUUAGUAGGAAAAGAGAUUACAGUAGAGUUAAAGAAUGAUCUUUCAAUUACAGGUCUCUUGCAGUCAGUCGAUCAGUUCUUAAAUAUUAAAUUAAAAGAUGUCAGAGUAGAAGAAGAAGAUAAAUACCCAUAUAUGUUAUCAGUAAAGAAUUGUUUUAUUAGAGGAUCAGUUGUAAGAUAUGUACAUCUACCGGCAUCAGAGGUCGAUGUAGAAACACUUCAAGAUCAUUCAAGAUUAGAAGCAAGAGAACAAAAGAAGGCUCAACAACAAUAA